AUGGUGAGUCUGGGUAACAUUGUCAAACCCAUUCUGGAACUUGAAAGCUUAGAUGUGGGUUUUGAUCAAAUUCUCUCUUGCAUUGUCGGCUUUGCGAAUAACACUCUAUUAUGGCUCGACAAUUGGACGAGUGGGGGUACUUUCGUCUCUUGUUUCCCUCAUCUGUCAAAUUUUGAUUCCUUAAAAUCCUGCCUUGUUGCAUAUCAUAUCUCCCAAUAUGGAGUUAAAUGGAUUUGGAAACACCGCCUUGAACAACAACACGAGGACUCCAAGAACUUACCUAACUCCGCACCAUUCUCGAUAACUUCAUCAUCACAGACACAACAUAUUCGUAGAAGUCUAACCUUUCCACAUAUGGUGAGUUCUAUGUUAGCAAUCUCAAGUGAAUUAUUUGAUUAUAAGGUUACUUGUAGCGUGAACAAUCCGACAGUGUGGUUGAAGUUGGUCCAAAUUAAAACCACUAGUAUUAUUUGGAGAUCAUGUAUGGACCACAUCCCCACUGUGUUUGCUCUUACUCGCAGAGGAGUUAACCUCGGUACCACUGCCUGUCAUUUUUGUCCCACCGGUACAGAGUCUACCGAGCAUCUCCUUGUAGGCUAUGUUUAUGUCCGUGAAGUCUUGUCUUGGGUUUUGAAAUGA